CAUCGUCGCAUUUUCGUCGGCGAUUGCAACAUCUCGCUUUGGCAGCAGAGCAGCCACCUCUGCGCUUCAAGAAGAGCAGGCGGAUUCGUUCUGCUUUACUCGUCCGUCCUGUACCAACCAGAAACGGCGAAAAUGGCUCGUGCUUGGGUCUACCACGCUGCAUUGGCCUUUCUGGCUCUGUCGGUGCUAAUCCCCUGCUCCACGGCGGCAAUUGCGAAGGCAUGGGGCGGCGCGCAGCCUCUGGAACCGGUGGCAAACGCGCUCAUCGCAGAUUGGAACAAGCAAGCCAAGCCCGCGCUCCGAUUCGGAGCCUACGAUCCCUCCAGCUCCAGUAACGGCAUCGCGGGAUUCUACAACGGGACCUACUUAAUCGGCGCGGCCUCGGAGCCAAUCAGCGCGGACAAGGAGAUCGCGACAAUCCCGAAGAUCACGGUCCCGCUCGCUAUUGUCACGUACAGCUUCUUCGUGACAAAGGCCGCGGGAGCGAAGCCGCUCGUUCUCACAGCGCAGCAGUCGCUGCAGAUUUUCGACGGCACUAUCAAGUCAUGGGGCGACGUUCCCGCCGCCGCCGCGCGAAGCUCACUGGAGCGAUCACGCGGAUCGGGCGCAGCACCAAGGUCGCGACGACGGCGAUUAUUCAGCAGACGUGGGUGAAGCUGGCGCGGGUUACCCGGCCAGCGGCGAUACCACCGGAAAGCCACUCACGUACGCCGGCAUAGUCCCGGCUGCGACUGGCAACGAGAUGUGCGCUAAGAUCGCCGCGACGCCCAACAGCAUCGGGUAUUCACAUACUGGCGGGUGCAAGAAGGCGAGGGGAGUGGCGGAAGUCGCGCUGAAAAACAAAGCCGGCGCUGCCGUGCUUUCGAACAGCUGGAACCCCAUUAUCGCCCUCCCCACGGUGGUUCCCGGCCCGGACAAGUCCUGGGAUAAGGUCGACCUUAUCUGGACUACGAAUGCCAAGGCGCCGCCGAUGGUCUCCAUGCAGUAUUCGUUUAUCAAGAAGAAUCUGAAGAAGGUGCCUGGCGGUGCGGCGGCCAAAGCGUUUCUGUUGUUUGCCAUUCCCAAGGCUAGUGGGAAGGCAGCUGUCGGCGGGUUCCUGCCCGUGCCGCCCAAGUGGUGGGCGCCUUCUUUCAAGGCGAUCAACUCUGUGGUUGUGUAGCAGGGAGUAACGGUUGUCUGAAUGUGGGGGGCCUCAAAAGCAUCUCUGUGAAGAGUGGGUGGGAAGACACCCGCGAGUGGAUUUUUGCCCGUGCCUCCCAGAUGGUGGGCGCCUUCUUCAGAGCGAUUAGAAAGCGCACCAUGUUUUUGUGGUCAGGUGCACUGGUCUGGAGUGCGCUGCGGAAAUCUAAAACCUGUUCUCUGGUCCUAUUUUGUCAGUGUAUUUGUGACCCACUAUGACUUAAGCGUUUCUGAAGUGUAACACUGUACUCGAGGAAGAUUACAGGGGAGCACGCGAGUCAACGGAGGUUACACGAGGGGGCGGACAAAGAAUGCGAAAGGACUCGAAAGGUCGCAACUGGAGGUUGCGACUGACCGUUACAACAUCACGGAUGGUAACCGAAGCGGCCAAU